UGUUAAGCCAUUGAAAGCAGUACAUUUGUACUAAAGCCUAAUUAUGUUGUACAAGGUUUGUCUAGUCAUCGCUCUCGUAGCCGCGGUGAGCGCGCGGCCGCAACACGGUCACGACUACCAGCACGGUCACGGUCACGCUGUGUCAUCGCAGAGCAUCGUACUGCACCAAACUCACGAGAGCAAGCACGAGCCCGUACACCACGAGGAACAUCAUGAGGAGCAGCACGAGCAGCACCAGGAGGAGCAUCACCACGGACACCACGAGGAACACCACGGCCACGCCUCCUCCUCACAGAGCAUCAAGCAGCACCACGGCAAAGCCACUGAGAAACACGUCGAGUACUAUGUAUGAGAACUGUUCAUUUGC